GUAACUCUAGAGACCCGUGGAUUCGAUAUUUAUCACUUGAGCCACUAUACUGCAGUCCCUUUCAUUGGUUACACUUGGCCAUUGUUAGGUGUUGUGUUUUUGGAGUGUCAAGUUUUUGGCGCCGUUGCCGGGGACUUUCUAGAGUAUUAGGAAAGGCAGAAGUUUGUUACUUUAGCGUUUUUCGUUUCUUUUCUUUUCCACCCUUGCUUUUCACUUGGGUGUUUUUGUUUUUGUUGGUGCAGAUCUGAAUCAUGGAUCCUCAUGGCUUCUCCAAUCAUUGGGGGUAUCCACCACCAUCUGGGUGGUAUUACCCCGAGACUCCCUGGAGCAAUCAAGGCGGAGAAGACUAUGGAUUCGGGUUCCAGUACCAACCCCCUUACUACGGAGAACAACCGGACCCCUGGGCAUAUCAAGAACAACCUCAUUACCAAGAAGAAUUUCUCCCACAACCAGAAGGGCCAUUGGAGCUGGAAUUACCCAUGGCGGCCUUCACGGGCCAUUCUGCAGAGCCAUGCUACACUCCACAGCCGGAUCCACACUAUGAUUUGAGGCUUCUCAUGGAGAGAUCAUGCUCCAGUAUGGAUCAUUGUGUCCAGGCCUAUCGUGAAACAGAGGGGAUCCUCCUGAGCCUUAAGAAGAGCGUCGAUGAUCUUGAGCGAUCUUGGGCGCAACCUGCUCCAGAUCACCCUUCUGCUACCAUACAAGAAGAUGAGGAGGAAGAAGAAGGCUACAAGGACAUUGUGGAGCACACUGAAGUUGUCACGGAGAGCUCCCGUGAUGAUCAUGAUCAGGAGUGUCCUGUCGUAGCCGACCAAACCUUCCCACACCCCAAACUGAGCUUUGAAGAGGCGGGCAUGAGUGAGGAGAUGCAAGAAGAUCUCAUGAAAGAAAUUGCUUGGCAACUUGCUCUCCAAUCCGUGCUAGAAGAAGAAGAGCAAGAAAGGGUGCAGAAAGAAGUUGUGGAGGAUGACGAAAGUGAAGCAGGAGGAGUUCUUGAUCAUUUCCCAGGGGUGAUACCACAUGAAGAAGGAAGGGAGGUUGAAGAAGCAAUUGGCGUCCAGGCUGAGGACGGAGUUAAGGUGGAAGAGGCCUGCACUGGCCAUGAGUUACAUGUGAUAUCUCCACCAAACCUCGAGGAACUGCUUAGCAAGGACCCAUUUGUAGUGUCUCUUUGCCAGACCAAGGCCACCUCGACAUCGGUCCCUCUUGGUGGACGCGAUGGUGGCCAAUCGAUGUUGUCAUAUCUGGUUUGGGGCAAUGAGACGAGAGAAGAGAAGAAGAGGUCUCGAGGGUGGAGACUUCAUCUGCAUCAAGUACAUGAGCCUUCAUCACCUGCCACACCACAUGCUCAUGACUUGCGACUCCACCUCAUCGACGAGAACCUCAACUUCAAGGAGGUUCUAGCAUGGACCGAAACUUAGGAGCCAUCGUCCGGCUCACGACGUGAAAGAAGCGCUUGUUGGGAGGCAACCCAACCAGUCGGUUUGCAUUUUUUUUUCUCUAUUUCUCUUCGGUUGAGUCAGUUUUGUUCUUUGAUUUCAGAAUCAAUAACUCAACCUUUGUGAGAUUUUGUGUGGUGUUUGUGUUCUGAUUACUCUCUCUUCCUGGAAUGCACUGCCUGACCCGUACAUCAUCAUUCACCCUUGAUCUGGUAACUUCGUUCUACCCUCCUUAUCUUUCCUCCAUUGAGGACAAUGUCGUGCUUAAGUGUGGGGGGGUGUUCGAUUAUGUAUGCGGGUGAAUGUUUGGCUGUUUGUGUGCUUGGAGCCUAGUCCACUGUCCAAAUUUUUAAAAUUUGAGGGCUCCAAGUACGUGUUUCCAUGCAAUUGCCUGCUCAGUAUGCUUUGAAUUGACAGUCUUUACAGUAAUAUGCAACCUAGGGAGGUAGUGUAGCACUAUGGAGGAUGUUGAUGCAUUUACGAAGUCUCAUUUCUUCUUCAUAUUGAGUUGGUUGAUUGAGUGAAUUAGUGAUCUUAGGACCCUUGAAUUGUGUGGUGUUGUGGAUUCUCUACCUGUCAUGGACUCUUGUAUCAUGUUUUGAAAAUAACAGGUGCUCGAAAAUGUGCUUCAAAAUAAACGUCUCCCGUGCGAAUAGGGCGAAAGUGUGUAAGGGGAGACGGGAAUUCGUUCCCAAUUUCCACCUACUACCUCCAGCCCCCUUACAUGUCUUUCCCCCGCACGAGGCUCGAGACAUCCGCUCCUGGCAUGGCCGGUAAGAGCAGGUUGGGACCCUUGAAAAAGAAAAGAAAAGAAAAAUAUCAGAAAACAAGCAAAACAAAAAAAAGGGGUCUCAACCAUCUUCAAGAAGCAGAAAAUAGAGCACCUUGAAAAAUGUGAGUCCAUGAUCUGUUGUUUUUGAGAAUCUCCUCAUCCACAAUUCAUUUGUCCUCUGUUCACUAUUUGCCAUGAUGCCGACUCGCCGAAGAAGUUAUGAGAUGACUUGUGCGUCGGUUGACCUCGUAAGCUGCUAAAUGAUCUAGGAAGUCCUCUACCUACGAUCUGGGUUGUUUGUUGCUAUAGAGGUCUGGAGAGUUGCAUUGGUUUGAGUUAGGUUUGCUUGGGGACAAGCAAACAAUUAAGUGUGGGGGGAUUUGAUGACUCGGUAUUUGCACAUGUUUUCCCCUUUGUUUCUUGAUUGUUUGAGCUUGAAUUAUUGCUUCUUUGGCCUAUUUUAUGCUAGGUUGUGUUCCUUUGUCCCAUUUCAGGUCCUAGCACAUAAAGUGAAGCAUAGGCGCAAGUUUCAAGUCAAUCAGAGAUCAAUUGACGAUUCGAGAGAAGAAACUCGGGCAUGACCUGAAGAAGAAUGGAUUUCUACCUCACUUUAUGGACAAAGAAUCAUGCAAGCUUGUUAUGAAACGAAAGAGGACGAGACUACGAGCGUCUGGGAUCAAACGGCGAUUGAUUCGGAGUCCGGACGAGGGAGAAACGAAGCAUUAAACAGAGGCUGAGCAAGCUGCACGGGCAGACCAGCGUGGCCACGCACGGCCGUGCAAGUGACCAGUUUGGCCGUGCGGGAUUGUGCGUGGGCACGCACGGGCACAAGUGAAAUCCGCACGGCCGUGCAACAUACAAUUCUGGCCGUGCGAGUUGGCUGAGGUUCAACUAAUUGAUACGCCGCGUUUUGAGGUGCACGGCCAGAAUGGUGAUGUGCACGGCCGUGCACCCUGGCCGCGCGAGUCGGGAUUUCCUGGUUUUAAGCCAAAUUCCGAACCAAAGAAGAGGGAGAGCUGGGUUUUGGAUCCAAACACCCAAGGGACGAACCCUAGAGAGAGAGGGCGAUUUGAGGGCAUUCUUGGAGUAGAGAAGGAGGAUUUCUUCGCCUUGGAAGCUCGAGGAACAAGCCCGGACUUGAAGACUGAUCAUCUGAAGAUUCUUACUGCAGUCUCUCUCUUCUCUAUGGAGUAACUUCCCUUCACUUAGGUUUUGAGGAACCCUAGCUAUGUUUGUUUGAUUGGAUGAUUGUAUGAGUACUCUGACUUGAUAAUCUUGAGUUCAUAUUCAAUCUAUGCAUGUUUUCAUGAUUCAAUUCUGCUUUAGUCGAGAUUAUUGAUUCUGCUUUGAUUCUAUGAGAGGGAAUACCUGAUUAGGUCAAUAGAGCACCAUAGAUUGAUAGUAGUGGAUCGAUUGCUUUAGUCGAGGGUUGAUUCACUGCUUUGUAUCGAUUGAGAACCUCUUUCGAUAGAGGGAGUCUAGUUCAGAACGCCUUGAUCAGUUGUUCUAGAGAAGGAUACGUCCCUCUAGGCAAAUGACUCAAGAGGGCCUUGUUCCUUUAGUCGAGACUCAAGGUCUAGUCAAGGAUUCUCCGCAUUGUGAAUGAAAGUGAAACAGGUUAGAGAUCAUCAAUCAUUAAUCUGGCUAGUGGCUAGGGGGAAUCAUACCUAAGUGAGUUCCCAACCUGUAAUUAGAUUAACUUUAACUGUAGUUUGCUAGAGUAGUUUUAGUUCCUUCAUCUUAAUCUGAUUUGCUAAAUAAUAAACUGAAGCUGAGUAAUAGUAACUCUAGAGACCCGUGGAUUCGAUAUUUAUCACUUGAGCCACUAUACUGCAGUCCCUUUCAUUGGUUACACUUGGCCAUUGUUAGGUGUUGUGUUUUUGGAGUGUCAUGGACCAAGGAGUGUGAAGCGGCCUUCCAAGAGCUAAAAGCAUAUCUUGUAUCCCCCUUGUAUUGUCUGCUCCCCUGCUUAAUGAAAACCUUUUCCUGUA